AAAUAUAAAUACGGUAAUGCUUAUUACUUGCUCAGCCCAACUACACUCUACACACGUACUUUUCAACCCAAAAGAAUACAAAAUAAAGAUGGUUUACCAGCUUCCUGUUAUCGAUUUCAGCGAUUUUUCGAACCGUUCAUCAACUAUUGCGCAAGAAGUUUUGUAUGCUUGCAAGACUAUCGGCUUCUUCUAUGUGAUCAACCAUGAGAUUCCCAAGGAAAUGGUUGACAAUGCAUUUGCUUUGUCCAAGAAAUUUUAUGAUCUCCCGCUGGAAAAGAAAGACAAAUUUUACAUCAAGAAUAAUCGUGGCUACACUGGUCUUUUCGUACAGAAACUUGAUCCAGAUACGCAAAAGCAAGGCGACCACAAGGAAGCAUUCAAUUUUGGCCCAUUCGUCAACGGCGAGUACAACUACCCGUUGCCAGAAGUCUUUGAAGAAUCCAAAAGCGAGAUUGAAAGCUUCUCUCGCGCAUGUCAUGGAACCAUUACCCAUAUCCUUGAAGCCUUUGCCAUUGCAUUACAAAUUCCCGAAGAAGAAGGAGGCCGCGAAUAUUUCUCACGUACUCACCAAUAUGACGAGCCCAAAUGUGGCGAAACUCUCCGCUUCUUAAAGUAUCCCCGCGGAGCAGAAUCCACAUACAAAGAACCAGUUCGAGCGGGUGCUCACACAGAUUAUGGAUCUAUCACCUUGCUUUUCCAAAAAGAUAUCGGUGGUCUCGAGGUUCAGGCGAGCCGUACUGAAUGGAUCUCGGCACCAAUCAUUGAUGAUGCUAUUCUUGUGAACGUGGGUGGAGUUAUGGAAUACUGGACAAACGGAUUGUUUAAAUCAACAAUGCACCGAGUCUGCUUUAUGCCCGAACAUCAAACAAACGACCGCUACUCGAUUGCCUGCUUUGGCCAGCCCAAGAGAGAUGUGCAAUUGAAAGUUAUUCCUAGUAACAUUGUUCCCAAGGAGCGCCCGACUUUCAAAGAGAUUCCCGCACAUUUGAAUGACAAGUUGCUGACCUCUGCUGAAUAUUUGCAGCUUCGACUGGAUGCUGCCUAUGAGAACAGCAAGCAAGACCUUAAAUAAAAGUAUUGUUAUUGUUGUUUUGAUGCAC